AUGGGUGGGCAGCACGCGGUGGAGACCUCCGAGCCGAUGUUUGGAAGUCCGCCAAGAGCCCGGCGUCCGAAGGUGGCACUACGUGGAUGGCGAGUGGUGAUGGACAAGAUCGUCACCAUCAUGCAAUUCGUGGAUCAGCAAUUGGCCGUGCAGGAGUGGUUCCCAGGCUCCUCUGGACUUUUGGUGCGGCCUACGCCGCUGUCCAAGGAGCAAGAGACGGUCGAGGAUGUGUACGCCCAGCUGAUCGUUGGGGCGGAGGUGUUGCCUCCGUUGAAGAGCCAAGAGAAGCCAUCUACAGCAGCCAGCUCUUGCAUUCACCCGAAGAGUGCUCUGAAAGGAGGUGGAAACAAGAGCGCAUCGUACAUCUUUUGCAAGAUGUGCAUGAGCCGUUGGUCCAGUCCAAUGACGGCGGCAGAGAUACAUGCAGGCUUGAAAGAGCAGAAGAAGCAGGGCCCCUUGAGUCAAAAGAAGGAGGUUCAGAAGAAGGUGCGUGCAGUAGAGGAUGCAGAGAUGUUGGAGCCGCCAUAUGGAGAGGAGGUGAUCGCCAGUCAAGUGGCGGCGCAAGCUCAAGACCAAUUGGAGAAGAUGCAGCACCAGAUGCAGAUCGAGACAGAGAAGAUGCGGGUGGCACAAGCAGAGAUGUGGCAGGAGCUUCAGUCCCAGAGACAGGAGUCCAAGGAGAAAGAGGUAGUGCAUCAAAGGGCACUACUCGCCAUGCAUCAGGAGAAGGAGGAUUUGGAGAAGCAACUUCGUCAAAUGAAAGCAGCAGCAGCAGCUCCGCAGGAAGUUCUGGAAGUGCACUCAGAGAGAAUGCCAGUACUUCGAGUGGGUGCCGAGAACUCCGAGCCCACCACCGAGCGAGAUGAGUGGGUUCUCUCUGGUCACGUCGCAGAAGACCGGAGAACAGAUGAGCGUGGCAUCUUCCAGGAGGAGGAGCAAGAGUCCCAGAACAGCACAUCGCACUCAUGCAGCAGGACAAGUGGCGGAGACGAUCUCCGAUUGAGUCAGGAGACCUGGCUCUAUGCGACUGCAGUCAAGGGACAGAGGACCUUGAACAGGGUGCUUCGAGGUCAUGAUCCGCAUUUUGCGGCCAGCAGUUUUCAGUAUGAAAAAGAAGAGGCUGAAGGUGAUUGGAAAGUUAUGAGCGGGCAGAUACCUCCUCAGGAGGGGGUCUCUGUUCGAGUGAAAGUUGUUUUGCAGAAGAGGGCUGAAGCAGAGAAUUUCUUUGGCUUGGAGAAAGAGACGCAGUUCAAUAGAAAACAGAGAAAGAUGAUGAACAGGGCGUUUGAAGCAGUGACGCCUGUGGUGAGCGAAGUGCUCUCACCGCCACGCGUCGUUGAGGAGGCGCGAAGACAAGGUCUGCAGCCGGGCACCUCAUUUGACAUCACAGAGGGCUGGGACCUUAGCAAGCCAGAGAUCAGGAAAAAGAUGUGGAGAAAGCUCAAAGAGGAAGAUCCUUUAUUGAUCAUUCUUUCACCUCCUUGCGUUGGUUUCAGCAUUUUGCAGGAACUCAACCUGCCUCACAUGUCAUGGGAAGAUGCAGUGAUGUUGAUUUCCACAGGGUUGGAUCAUUUGGAGCUCGCGAUGCUGAUCGCGAAAUGGCAAGCCAAAAGAGGCAGGUACGUGUUGUUUGAGCAUCCAUGGCUAGCCAGGUCAUGGCAUGAGGAGUCGGUGAAAGAAGUAGAGCAAAUGGCAGGCAUGCACAGAGUUAGGUGCGAUCAGUGCAUGUAUGGUUUGCGAGUGGAUGAGUGGGGUCUCAACAUGAAACCCACUGGAAUCAUGGUCAAUUCAGAGAAGAUAGCAGCACGCAUGAGCCGAACGUGCGACCAUCGACAUUUCCAUGCGCCUACCAUGAAUGGCAGACCAAAGAAGGCGCAAGUAUACCCCAAGGAGUUUUGCAAGCAGAUUAUUUUGGGUUUGAAAGAACGAAUGGAGGUAGAUGGACAGUUGAGGCUGAAGUCAGAAGUUUUUGUAGAAGAUGAAGAUGAGGAAAAUUCGGAUCAUGAGGAGGAUCCGAAUACAGAAGCAGCCGCAGGAGAAGCAGAAGGAGACUACUCCAUUUCAGAGGAAGAGAAGAGACAGGUGCAAAAGAUGCACCGCAGCUUGGGGCAUCCGCAAAAGCCCGAGUUUGUGCGUUUUAUGAGAGCAGCCAGAGUGAAGGGAGAAGUCAUUCGAUGGGCGGCACAUGAGUUCAAGUGCCCAGCGUGUGAGGCACGGCCCAAGCCGAAGGCCACGAGACCAGCAGCAAUUCCUAGAACAUACCAGCCAAACAGAGUCUUGGGGGUGGACCUGAUUUUCCUUCCAGAGGUUGGAGGAAAAGAAACUUUCCCAGCAUUGUCCAUUUUGGAUUGGGGUUCCAACUAUCAGGUGGUCGAGAGAGUCGAGAGCAAACACCCAGACACCGUGUGGAACACAAUGUGGUCAUGUUGGUUUAGAACGUUUGGCUGGCCCGACGUCAUUGUCUGUGACGCCGGAAAAGAGUUUUCAAGGAAGUUCAUGCAGCUGGCCACGUCAUGUGGCAUUGUGGUGCAGCCCAUUGCUGCAAAGGCACCAUGGCAGCAGGGAAGAACAGAGAGGCAUGGAGCAUUGUUCAAAGAGUUACUUGCCAAGGGUAGAGAAGAGACAGUCAUCUCCAGCCCAGAAGAAUUGAGGAGACUCAUGCAAGAGACAGAGAUGGCGAAGAAUCGGUUCAGCAACCGAUCAGGAUAUUCCCCAAUUCAGAGGCAGAUUGGGCAAUGGCCGAAGGUGCCGAGUGAACUCCUUUCAGAUGAUGUCAUAGACCCAGGAUUGAUGGAUGGCGCCGUGGUCGAUGACAUGGAGAGGAGUUUGGAGCUGCGAAGAAUCGCACAAAAGGCGUUCAUAGAACACAACGCCAGAGAGUCCUUGAGGAGGAUAGAGAAAGGAAGGAGCAGAGUUCCCCAAGAGUUUCAGGCAGGGGACUAUGUUUACGUGUACAGAGUAGCAAGAGAGAAGAAGAGGAAGCAUGAGAUAGGGCCAAGGAGUCAGGAGCAUGUUCCAAACAAGGCAUCUUGGAUUGGUCCAGGAACCAUUGUUGCGGUGGAUGGAGCUAGUCUGUGGAUCUCCAUGUUUGGAGAAUUGUGGAGGACUGCACGCGAACAAUGUCGUACGGCGACAAACAUUGAGAAGCAAGGAAUUGAGGAAGUUAUGAGGAGCCGCAAGGAACUGGUGGAGGAAUACAAGAGGUCAUCCAACAGAAAAGGAUACAGAGACAUCAGAGAUGAGAGGUGGCCAUCAGACGAUGAGAUAGAAGACGGAUCGGAGGAGAGUCCAAUGAAGCGAGAGGUGAGAUUUCAAGAACCCCUCGAAGAAGGGGAGGCUCCCGUAUCAGAGGGAUACGCGCCAACCACUCCGAUAGACUCCCCUCGAGGUGGGGAGAUUGAGAACGGAGAGACAGAAGACUCGGAGAUGAGUCACAGAAGAUCAGAGAGAACAGAAGAGACGAUAGAAGAGCCAGAAGGAGAGGCCAGACGCAGAAGCUCACUGACAGAAUCAGAGAUUCGAGAAGCAUUGAGAUCAGAAGAGGAAACGGCAGACAGGCCAGAGACAGAAGAAGGAGAUGAACGAUAUCAGAGGAUCGUCGAAGAGUCGAUCCACAGAAGUCGUCGCCUAGAGGGUCUUCCGGCAGUAGGACAACCUUUGCGAGUAAGGAGUCGACCGUCUGCCGAUGGUCCAUACUUCCAAGAAACCUUCUUCAUAAGUCCAGAGGAAGAAGAUUGGCAAGAAGAGGAAGAAGACAGAGAAGACCACAUGAGAUGGCAGAAGCUGUGCAAGAUGAGCCAAGAAGAGCCCAAGAGAGACUACUGGGAGUUGGACUUGAAGGGUCAGAAGAUGAUCCGACAUCACGUCCAGAAGAGAAAGGCACUUUUCUCCCCGGAGGGAGUAAAGUCCACACCAGUCAAGUUGAAUCAGAUGCAGCAACAGAGAAUCACUAUAGUGGAUGGCCGCAAGAAUCAAGAGGAGAGACGUAUAGAAGAUCAAUGGGCACAAGGAGAUGCCAAGAGAAGCCGAGGAGUUUGGUGGACAGGCCGCACAGAAUUUUUCCUGUGCUCCAAGUCAGAAGGCAAGACAGAAGAAUCCAUAGAGACUUGGGCAGUAGAGAAGAAAGGCACAGAAGACGUUGAUCUGAGGACAGAAACGCCUGAAGCCCUUGAGGGCUGGAAAAUGGCUGAUGCAACAGAAUGGGAAAAGAUCAGCAAGAGUGGCGCUGUGAGAGUUCUCAGCGUAGAAGAAUCGAGAGAGGUCAAGAAGAAACUGGCUUCAGAAGGCAAGCUAGAUAGGAUCUUGCCUACUCGGAUGCUCAGAAAAUACAAGCAUGCUGAACAGCCAAAUGAGCCUCCUUCACAGAAAAGCAGGCUGUGUAUCAGAGGAGACAAGGACCCAGAUAUUUUUGAUCUGGAACGAUUUUCACCAACGGUUUGCACCAUGAAUUUGAACGUGGUGCUUCAACUGGCAGUGAACGAAGGAAUGCAGGUCGGCAUUGGAGAUCUAAAGAACGCAUUCUGCCAGUCGCAACCGCUGAUGAGAAAGAAUGGAGCCUUGUACUUCAAACAACCACAAGAAGGAAUCACAGGGCUACACCCUGAGCAGAUUGUUUUGAUCAUUGCUGGAUGUUACGGCUUGGUGGAUGGACCACUGCAUUGGAGAAAGUCAUUGGUUCAGACGCUGAAAAUGCUGGGCUAUCAGGAGAGCAAGUUGGAUCCAUGUUUGUUCAAACUGUUUGAGAAUGGGAAGCUUUGUGGUUUGCUUGCGAUAGAGGUUGAUGAUAUUUUAGCAUGCGGAAAAGGUUUGCAUCUGAAAAAGAUUGAAGAGCUGAAGACCUUGUACAACUUCGGCAAGUGGGUGGACCUCCGCGAUUCCACUCAAGGUGCCUCUUUCAAUGGAAGAAGACUUCGAGUAGGGAGCAAAGGCGAAAUUCUCAUUGACAUGUGCAAGUUCAUCCAGGAGAGGUUGCAUGAGAUUCCAUUAGACAAAGGCCGGAGAUCGUCCAAGAAGGAGCCGGUCACAGAAACAGAACGAACACAAGCCCGGGCCUUGUGUGGAUCGCUUAACUGGCUAUCCAAAGAGGGAAGGCCAGAUGCGGCCGGCCCAUCUAGCUUGAUGUCCUCGCGUUUGACCAGAAUGACAGUGGAAGAUUUGAUUCAGCUGAAUGAGGUGGUUCGUGGUUUGAAGGAGACUGCAGAAGUGACUCUGCAGGUGCAACCGCUGAAAGAGAUGCAAUUGGCGGUCAUCACAGACGCUUCAUUUGGAAAUGAUGGUUUUCAUUCUCAGGGAGGUCAAAUGAUAUUAGCUCAUGAGCCAGGCUUGAAGAAAGGUCAGAAGGUCAAGACGAAUUUGCUCUGGUGGCGUAGUGCGAAGCUGCAACGGGUUGUAAACUCUACUCUGGCGGCAGAAACACAGAGUUUGUCGAAGGGCAUAGGAGACCUUUUAUGGAUGAAAGUUUUGAUUCGUGAGCUGAGCGAGGAGAAGUUCAACAUAAAGGAAUGGCCUGCGCAACUUGCGAGUGAGAGGGUUUUAGCCUUAGCCAAAGACACCAGUUCCCAAGAGUUGCAAGAAUGUCUUGCGAUUGUAGAUGCGAAGAGCUUGUUUGAUCACCUGUCGAAAGAGUCGAUAGGGGGACAGGACAAGCGUACAGCUAUAGAAAUCCAGAUAAUUCGACAGGAACUGGCCCAAAUGCAUGGCGAAGUGAGAUGGAUAGAUCACCCUGCGAUGCUGGCUGAUCCAUUGACAAAGGUCAGGGGAUCGACGAAGGCAUUACAUGACAUGCUUUCGAGUGGAGCUUUUGGCAUAGUAGCAGAGGUUGAUCACAUGGCCCAUAGGAAAGAGAUCAAAGCAUCCAAGGUCAACAGAAAACUUGGGAGCUGUGAAUCAAGCAUGGAUUGUGAAAGCAAGCAUUGA